AUGAACUCAGAUACCCCUAUCACCGAAUCCCGGCCUACACCCGAGCUGCAUCAAGUUCCAGAUGAUACUGUCCUCAUUAUUGGUGGUGGGCCAGUCGGGUUAAUGGUGGCCUCGGUGCUUGCAUAUUUUGGUGUACGAAGCAUUGUUUUUGAGCGCAACGCUGAGCCGACACGAUGGCCCAAAAUGGACUUGACAAACGCGAGAUCCAUGGAGUUGCUGAGGAAAAUUGGGUUGGCAGAUCAGCUACGUGAGCUGGGAGUUCCAAGUGAGAUCCCGUAUACUGUUCUGAUGUCAACCGGCUUAAGCCAAGAUUCUGCUUUCGCAAGCUGGGAUCACUUAUCCGUCGACCAGUACAGAGAGAACAUUAAAUCCAUCAAUGAUGGCAGCCAGCCAGCUGAGCCAUACUUGAGAGUCUCCCAGAGUAUAUUUGAGACUUGGAUGAGAGACUUAUGUCAGAGAAAUCCGCUUAUUGAUCUCAAGUACGGCUACAAGCUGGAAUCUAUUCAAGAGCUUGAGCAAGGCGCUCGCUGCACAGUUGCGGAAGUAGGCCAAGGUGAACGUGAUUACAUUUCUAGUUAUGUCAUAGCUUGCGAUGGUGCUUCAAGCCGAUGCAGAAAGUCCCUCAACAUAGACCUGGACGGCGGUCCAACCGAGGCCUCAUUUCUACUCGUUCACUUUAAGUCGCAUGAUGUAGAGCAUCUUCACAAGCAGGGGAGAUUCUGGCAUUUAUUCAUGUUUGCUAAUGGCACUUUUGGUGGUGCCGUGAUAUCGCAGGAUGAGAAGGACAUCUUCACUGUCCAUUAUCCACUCUUGAAUGGCGUUGAUGAGUCUUCUAUAUCCUCUGAGGACGCUAUAUACACAGUGCUUGGUGGAUUGCACGAGCCGUACAAAAUCAGGAUCGAUGAAGUACUAGUGAGAUCAACUUUUCGGCCCAGUAUUGCCGUAGCCAACUCUUUCGCCAGUCCGAACCUUCGCAUCUUCUUCGCUGGAGAUUCAGCGCACCAAAAUAUUCCAACUGGUGGAUAUGGCAUGAAUACGGGUUUGGGCGAUGCUUUUGACAUCGGUUGGAAACUUGCCGCAGUAAUCAACGGACAUGCUCACAGUGGCUUGUUGAAGACCUACGAAACAGAGCGCAAACCGAUUGCGUAUCAAAAUGUGCAACGAUCAGGCGUACACAUGGGUGUUCACUUGAAAGCUGUACAGCUUCUGGGUGAUAGACCCGAGUUGAUCGAAAGCUCGUCUCCAGAGGGUGUCAGCCUCAGAAAAGCUCUUUCGCAACAUUACAACGAGAAUGAUGGAGAGAAUAGAGAUAUGGGCAUUGAAAUGGGCUACCGCUACGACUCUCCAGUGUGUCUUCCUGAUUCGACAAGCACAAAGCCAGGGUGGGAACCUAGAGGGUAUCUGCCAACCACAUGGCCAGGUAGUCGUGCGCCGCAUGUCAUCUUAAGUGACAAGUCAUCCAUAUUCGACCACCUUGGACCAUUCUUUACAUUGGUGGAGUUUCAAGACAAGGAAGCUGAGCACAGCAGAAGUAGAUGGUUCAUCAUUGCGGCAAAUGCACUCAACAUACCACUGAAACUUACACAACUGCGAGGGGAAGCCUUAGCUGAAAAGAUUUGGGAGCGACCUCUGGUAUUAGUGAGGCCUGAUGGACAUGUUGCUUGGAGAGGAUACCGUGUAGAUACUUUAUCCCAGGCAAGUGGGAUUUUGGAAGCUGUUCUUGGUUAUCAUUGUUGA